AUGAGUCUCAUGAGUGAGAGACACAUGAUUCGUAAUGGUGUUGUCCCUGGGAUGCACCAGUUGGCGGAACCAGUUUCAAACAAAAAUCUUCCUCCAUUGAUGAAUGGCGAAGUCAAUGGAGAUGAACCAGAGGAUCCAGAAGACGGCACAAUCGACAUCGUCCCCCGCAACAUAGUUUGCAAUUUCAAAGUUGGGUGUCAUUUGGACUUGAAGAUGAUCGCGUUGAAAGGGUGCAACGUCCAGUACCGCUCUGCCACCAAUGUUGUUCUUAUGAAGCUUCGUCGCCCGAUGUGUACGGCUCAUAUCUGGUCUUCCGGAAGAGUAACGUGCACCGGGUCGAAAACUGAACCGGACGCAAAACGCGCUGCGCGGAAAGUAGCGCGGUUUCUUCAGAAACUUAAAUUUCCUGUCAAGCUUCGGCACUACCGUAUCGUCAACAUCCUCGCCACGUGUUCGUUCCCAUUUGGUGUGAAACUAGAGCAUGUCGUUGGCUUGGAUCGCAAAAACUCUUCCUAUGAACCCGAAUUGCAUCCUGGCCUCACGUAUAAAGUGUCAGAUCUCAGUGCUGUGUUGAAAAUUUUCAGUACCGGUAGCGUCACCAUCACGGCCCCGAGCUUACGGAAUGUUCAGAUGGCUGUGGAACACGUAUAUCCCCUAUGUUCCCAGUGUCGUAAGGUGAAGGAGUCAUCAGGACGCAAAGAGGAGCUUGAGAUUGAAGAGGAGGAUUGGAACCUUGACUCCAAUCCUGCUGCCGCCUUUUGA